UGGGUUACUGAUUAAAAUUGUUAGACUUUAUUAAAGGAAACAAUACUGUAGGCAUAUAAGUUUGGUUAUCGAAACCGAAUAAAAAUGGUAUUUUUAACCGUUGCUAAUUGGGUUCGAGCCCGUGGUCCUGAUGAAUUCUGGAGGAAAAGAAAAAUAUUUAGAUUGGCAGCACACUUCACUGGCCGUCGACGAAAUUGUUAUUCAGUAGCAGUACGCAAUGUUCAUCGUGCUUUAGCUUAUGCAACCAAAGCUCGUAAAUUAAAGAAGGAAGAUAUGAAAGCACUCUGGGACACACGUAUAACAGCAGCAUGCGAACAACACAAUAUAACGGCCUUUUCUUUAAGAGAAGGGUUGGGUCGCGCCGAUAUAAUGUUAGAUCGCAAAUCACUAUCUGAUUUAGCAGCAUGGGAACCAAAAACAUUUCACUGUCUUGCUGCAGUUGCUAAAGAAAAACUAAAUCUGGAUAGUUUUAUUGAUGGAACUGAUAAGAAAGAGCCGACAGGAAUCAAUUUAAACCUUAAGGAUAUAAUGUUAGAAGCUUGGCUUAAGGAAAAGAAAAAAUAGUUAGGGCUAAUUAAUUUUAUUCUAUAAUAUAAUAAAUAGUUCCAUAGUCAACAA